AAAAUGCUUUUCUUUUAUCAUUUCGGGGGCAACACCUCUUAAUGGCACAUGCAAUGGUGAGAUAUUGAUGCUGUCUUUUAGUGCGUUACAUUUGUUCUGUCUAGUUGUAGUGACAAAAGCAGGGUCGUCGCUGGUGGGGUGAAAGGUGAUGACGAUUAUAGGGGCCAAUGGCUGUGAACUGCUUGUUGCUUGUCUGUCUUUCUUUCUGCUCUUUUGCUCUGGAUGCUUCAGGGACAACACCUCUUAAUGGCACAAGCAAUGGGACCAUUGACCUGUACACAAAGACAGGCGGAAAGUGUGCAUCAACCGGUGGCUGCCAGUGGUCUGCAUAUGACUGUAGAUGCUUCCGCUUUUUUAGCUGCGGGACUUCCUGGAUUGAUGCAGAGAAACAGUGUUUGGACUACAACGGGCACCUCGCCUCUGUACACACUAAGGCAGAGUACACCUUCAUACAAAACCUGAUUAAAUCUCAAACUCGAGCUUCAACUGAGGCCUGGAUAGGAGGCUAUGGCUCUGUUUCAGAGAGAUCAUGGCUCUGGAAUGAUGGGUCCAAAAUGAACCUAGAGAUAUGGGCUCCUGGACAACACGAUCAUAAGAAUGGGAAAGAGAACUGUAUUGGGAUGAACUAUGACUGCUCGGAAAAGUGGAAUAACUACAACUGUGAUCGGAAAAUGGGUUUUGUGUGUAGCAGGAUGAAAAAGCUUAAUGGAGAAUGUUGAAUGUCGUAUUGUAUGACCCAAAUAGUUGACCCAAAAAUGACAAAUAUUUACAACAGUGCUUACCCUCAGUCGAUCCAAGACAAAGAGGAGUUCUUCAUCAGAACAGAUUUGAAGAAAUAUAACUUUACAUAAUUUUCUUAUUGACGGAUCCUCUGCGGUGAAUGGGUGCCAUCAGAAUGAGAGCUUAAACAGCUGAUCAUGAAAACAUCACAAUAAUCCACACGACUCCAGUCCAUCAAUUAAUGUCUUGUGAAGUGAAAGGCUGCAAGUUUGUAAUCAAAUUUUCUUUUUCAUUUUUCGGUCAACUGCUCCUUUAACUAAUUCUCUCUGAUUUCUUUACUAAUGUGCAAGUAGAACUCACAUAUGUGCAUUUUCUGAAUGAAAC